AUGGAUACUGUUGGACCAUCAAGUCUUGAAAAUCCAAAUUGGGAGGACGAAUUGGACGCAUGUUCCAAUUCUGAUGCAUCGUGGGGUGAUGAGGAUGAUUUAGAUAAAGAAUCAAUAGCAUCAUCGCUUGGAAGCAAUGAUGACGCUUUUUUCAACGAUCCCGAUACUGUAGAAGUUGAGUUACAGCUUGGGCAAAUGUUCAUCAGGAUAGCGAAGUGGAAGGAACAACUUGAAGAAAGACAAAGGCGUCUUAUACCUCAAAGAACAUCUGAGCUAAUGGGCCCUAUGUGGAUUUAUUGGGAAUGUAUAGGUGCUAUUGAUGGCACGCACAUUCAUGUGAAGGUGACCGGUGCGGAUAACACGACGUACCGAGGUAGAAAGCAUACAACCACUCAAAACGUCAUGUGUGUUGUAGACCUAGAUCUAUGCUUCACCUUUGUGUACGCUGGUUGGGAGGGGAGUGCGCACGACGCACACAUUUUUACAAUGUGUGUGAAUGAUCUAACACUACGCUUCUCAACCCCUAAAGAAGGUUCAUUCUGCUUGGUUGAUUUCGGAUAUAGUUGCUAUCGGGGGUUUUUACCGCCGUAUCGACGUGAGCGCUAUCAUUUGGCGACAUUUCAACAUGGCCAAGAACUUCCUAGGAAUUUGAGUGAGCUAUUCAACUAUAGGCACUCAUCUUUACGGACUGUCGUGAAACGAGCUUUUGCGGUGUUAAAGAACCGGUUUCCAAUUUUAGAUAAAAUGCCGCCAUACAAGCUACGAUACCAACGCCUAUUUGUAAUUGUGUGCUGCACUUUGCAUAACUUUAUUAGGAAAUAUAACGGGAUGAUAGAUCCACUGUUUCGGAAGGCUUUGCUCAAACUGAACCCUUGGGUUGAUGUUGAUGAUCAACAUGAAUUGGGAUUGGCGCAAAACGUGGCACCCGGGGAACGACCGGACCAAUCAGAUGGUAGUGCAAUUUAUAUGGGGAAAGUAAGGGAUGCAAUGGCCUUAAGUACGUGGAGUCACCUUUAA